CAUAAUCUUUAAAAGCAUAAAAUAGUAUAGUCUUCAAGCAUUUAUCGCAUUCAACAAUGGCUUAUCGCCACAACCAAUCUUUUUUCUUGGUAUUACUUGUCACUUUGUCGUUAACAAAUAGCUAUGUAAUUCAAGCGGAAGCGCGCCAUCUUCUUGAAGUAACUAUGCCCGAGAUUCCUAAGCCUGAAUUGCCACAUCUCCCGGAAAUCCCAACUUUGCCUAAGCCUGAAUUGCCACAUCUCCCGGAAAUCCCAACUUUGCUUAAGCCUGAAUUCCCUGAAAUUCCAAAACCUGAGUUGCCAACUCUGCCACAACCUGAAUUGCCUGAAUUCCCAAAGCCUGAGCUGCCUACUCUGCCAAUGCCUGAACUCCCCCCGAUACCAAAACUCGAGCUUCCUACAAUUCCUAAACCUGAACUCCCAACUUUGUCAAAGCCAGCAAUGACUCAGAAGCCUUGAGUCAAUUAUCCUCUUUGCUAGCUAAUUAUUGAAGCAGCGCUGCUGAUCAAUGUUAUAUGUCAUGUGUUUUUCUUUUGUUGUGCUGGAAUUGUUUGCAGCUUCCGUUUGGAAGGAUUAUCUAUGUGAUUUUUCUAUCUAUCAGUCGUUUGUAAUUCUUCUGGCACUAAAUACAGUAUACGUUUAUGUUUUUUAACUUUUAACUAUUGAAUAUUUUAAGUGGUUUGUGCGUGUGA